UGUUGCGGCAGCAGCGGCGGUGGCAGCAGCGGUGCUGACAUUGGGACAGCGGUGUCAGGACAGCGGUGGCAGCAAGAGCUGCAGGACUGGCAGAGGGCAAGGCACCAUGGCCCUUGCUCUGCGCCUCUUCCUCCCGCUCCUCCUGGCCGCGGCCCUGCCUGCCAGGGCUGCCCAGGCUGCUCCGCUGCAAGUGCGGGGAGCAGAUGAGCAUGCUAGGAAGGCUUCUCCAGCAGCUUGGCUCCAUGCAGAUUUCCAGCCUCUUAAGCCUCCUGCAGGUGUGUCUGCAGGGAGGACUUUCCCAGGUCCUCUGGUGGAUGUUGCACAUAAGCCCCACUCCCAUCGCAGGGAGAUGGACAGAGAGGCUGUGCUGAAGGCUGAGUUUCCCAGAGGAAGCAGUGGCUCAUUGGCAGCCUCUGCUGCAGGAAGGGAGGCGAUGCCAGGCACAGUCACUGGAGGUUGGGACCGUGACUUGCAUCAUUUGGAAAGACUGGCAAACCAUGGUUUAAGGGUCUUGGAGCUUGGUGAAGCUGAACGUGAUGAUGAAGAUGAUCUGGAUUCCCAACCCAUACCCAUUACUGAGCCUCAGGGAGAUGCUGAGGGUGUGUCUGCAGGGAGGACUUUCCCAGGUCCUCUGGUGGAUGUUGCACAUAAGCCCCACUCCCAUCGCAGGGGUCCCCUGAGAAGGAAGAACAAACCUACAGGAGACAAUGCAGCCGGCACCUCAACACAUGCUGACAAGACCUGGAAAAGCAUGAGAAGAGUUUUCUGCUGGGGAACAUCUUGUUUGGUUAAGUUGAUGGCCAUUGUGCUUGGUGCAGCACUUUGCCUGAUGAUUUGCUCUGCUGGAAUCUGGUAUUGCUGGAAGAGAAAAUGGUGCUCUUCAGAAGACAAGCCUAACAACUCCGGCAAAGAGAACUUGACCCGUCCUCCCAGCUCUUCACUUCUGUCCCCAUCUGCCCUGCCGCAGCUGCAGCACCCUUUUGAGCCCUUUCCAAAACUCAUCCCUCCAGAAAACCCUCCGCCCCUGAGCCCCCUGGUCCUGUUCCCCAACUACGACUAAAGGUGGUGUCUUCGUUUGAAAAGACAGGAGUCUGUGACGGAAGGCAAGGGCCUCCCGUGAAAUGGAAAAGGUAAACCCCCUCCCUCCAAGUUACCAUAAUUUCAAAAUAA